GUGGCGUAAGAGGCGGUGCGGCCUGGGAACGGCGAUCCGGACGCGGGCUGGCAUGUCGGCUCUGAAGCGGUUGGCGCCUUUCUUUCGGGUUGGAAACCACUUGUUCAGAGGCCGCGGCUCCGGGGCGGCUGGAGGCACUGGAGUCCGUCAUGCCGGUGGCGGGGUGCAUAUCGAACCUCGGUAUAGGCAGUUUCCCCAGCUGACCAAGUCCCAGGUGGUCCAGGCCGAGUUCUUCAGUGGGACCAUGUGGUUCUGGAUUCUCUGGCGUUUUUGGCAUGACUCGGAUGCUGUGCUGGGUCACUUUCCAUAUCCAGAUCCUUCCCAGUGGACAGAUGAAGAACUAGGUAUCCUCCCUGAUGAUGAAGACUGAAAGUGUCGAUUGAACUCUUUACAAGUGGGAGUCAGGCGAAAGUUUCAAGCGAUUGAGGACUUCAUAUCGUACCUGAAAGUUGUACAUUAAAGUGUUUUUGGUCAACAGUGAGGAACUGAGUUAUGGAUGUUUCUGAUAACGACAGCCACCCUCUAUGGAUUAUUUCCUAUGCUCCCAACUGCUGUCCUAACUGGUUACAGGCCCUGUCACUGGAUCCUCUGGGGUACCCCAUGGUGUAGACAGACAUUAGCUCCACUUCUCAGUGAGGAAAUUCAGGCUCAAGGAGAUGAAGUAACUUUGCCUUAGGGUCACACGUUGAUGAGUAGUGACAUUAGGCCUGGCCCUGCACUUAACUGCAGAGCGAUACCGCCCUCCUAGUGAAUGUUGUAGUCCUAUGUAUGUUGACAGUUAACGUGAAAACUCUUGCCAUUUCUCUA